AUGCAUCGAUUUUCUUCAUAACAGAUUCUAUCUCUUCUCAAAAUAAUUAUUUAUCAUGUUUAGAUUUUCUCUAGAAAGCUAGUCGAUUGUUUUGAUUUUAUUAUAAAACUUCACUAAAGUUUGUUUUCGAAAUAUCAUGAGAGUUUUAAAAUUUACUUAUCGAUGAACUUUUAUUUUCUUUAAAUAAAAUUAUUUUAGGUCAAUUAUUCCGUUCCUGUCUUCGUUUUGAACCAAAUUGGAUAACACUUCAAACUCCACCAACAACUAUAUUUUCAUCUCCUAUUGAUCCAUUACUUGUUCAUGAUUUACAUACUGAAUAUACAUCAUCUGUUCAAGAAUUAGCACGUGUAUAUCGUGAAUGUAUAAUGGAUAUAAUGUAUGUUUAUCGUUUUUCAUCUGAUGUUGAUUUACUUUGUCGAUUUGAUUCAUCAUCAUCAUCACAAUAUAGAACUCCAUUAACUAAACAACAAACAGAAUCAACUUGUCUUAUUGCUGAUUCAGCACAAGUUGAAUUUAAACAAUUAAUACGUCGUAUACGUCGUUUAUUUUUUGAAGAUUUACGUUCGUGUGAUAAAUUUAAUUUUCGUCGUUGUCAUUCAACUUGUACACAAUGUAAUGAAAGAAAAAUGGCUAAAGCAAGUGCUCUAUAUAUAUUCUGUUAUACAGAUAUAAGUCAUGCUAGACGAAUUUUAAGUUUACCAUGGUUAUUUGCACCAUUAUUAAUUGAAACACGAAAAUUAAAUAUUAAAAAACAAACAAAAUUAUUAUCACCAGCAAUUGUUGCACGAAUGCUUGAAAUUCAACCUUAUCGUUUAAUUGGUCAAUCCUUACAACAUGCAGUUCAAUCUUUAUUUGAUACAAAUAAAUCAUUAUAUUUUCAUCAUACAUAUUCAUCUGAAACACCUACUCUAAUUACAAUUUCACUUCGACCAACAUUAACAGCUAAACGUCUUCUACUUAAACGUCAAAUAUCAUUAAUUGAUUAUUUAAUCAUUGAAGUUCUUCAUUAUUAUGUUUAUGAUUCAUUAUCAAAAACACGUUCACCAAUAACUUCAUCAAAACCAGCACUUGUCGAUUCAGUUUGGCAACAUAUUUUAACAUAUUUUAUUCUUAAUGAAUGUUCACCAUUAGCACUUUUAACAACAACAACAACAACAACAACAACAAAUUCAUCUCUAUUAUCAUUAAUUAAAGAUUUUAAUUUUUGGUCUGAUGAACAAGCAUAUAUAACAUUACAACGUUUUAUUAAAAUUAGUGCUCAAUGUGCUAAUCAUGGACCAGAACCAACAGAUUAUGCACAUGCAAAUGAAUAUUUAAUAUCAGUACUUCAAAAAAUGGCUACGACGGGUUUUCUAUUUUCAAUUUGA